GACUUUAGAGAGUUCUAGGAGAACGACCUAUGAAAAGGGGGAGAGCAUGGCUAAGUGAACCCCCGUGUUCUCCUUGCCUGCUCAGCAGCUCUCACGGUCUUAACUGGUCCGGCUUCAUCUCGCUUCUUGACAUUCCUUUCUUUCUGUUUCUUCCUGGAAUAUUUUCGAGACCACCCUAGACAGAUCAUCGCACAUAAACAUCCUUGCAGUGUACAUUCUAACAGACCAUCCCGUUUCUCCUGUGACUGUAAUGUCACCGUCGCACUUAGGAAAAUCAGGACGUCCCCAGUACCCUGUAAUGCCUACUCCCACUUUCACAUUCCGCCUGCUGGGGAGAGAGAUUCUGAAUCCUUAAUUACAGAGGCCAGCAACCACCCUCGUGGUUCUGAAAUGGAACAGGCCAGCCCUGGAGGGAGGGAGCCCUAUCUCGAGAAGCAUUAGCACCCGAGCUGGCUUUGCUUGGCGGAAGCAGCAGAACUUUACAGAAAGGCUGUGUGGUCUGGACUCUGGUCACAGACAGAGCUUUCAGCCUUGACUGUUCGGGUACAAGGUGACCUUGGGCAACGAUUCAACCUCUUUGAGCCUUAGUUUGCUCCUCUGUGAAAUGGAAAAAACAAGAGUACUGGUUUCAAGGACCCAUAACUAGGGCUUAGGAAAUGGCAGCUGGCAUGAUUGGGGCCUAUUCCUGGCCCUCAAGCUUCUGCAGACCUGGAGGACUGCCUGUCUGGUUCUCCCAGAUGGUUCAGGACAAGCCCCUCCGCACCUCCUGGCAGCGGAAGAUGAAGGAACGGCAGGAGAGGAAGCUGGCCAAGGACUUUGCCCGGCACCUGGAGGAGGAGAAGGAGAGACGCCGGCAGGAGAAGAAACAGCGCCGGGCCGAGAACCUGAAACGCCGCCUAGAGAAUGAGCGGAAGGCGGAGGUUGUCCAAGUGAUCCGAAACCCUGCCAAGCUCAAGCGGGCAAAGAAGAAGCAGCUUCGCUCCAUCAAGAAGCGGGACACGCUGGCGCUGCUGCAGACGCAGCGCCCCCGGCGGCCAGCAGCGGAGAACUGAGUCCAGGACACGUAGAGGCCGUCUGUGGCCGGCCGCUGUGGCGGACACCGCACUUCUCUGGCUGCCGGUCACACCCGCUGCGGGUGUGGUGGGCACUGCAGCUGUAGCCCCACUCCACCCCACCCCCACCCAGAGUGGCUCUGAGCCGUUGAGGGCGCUCGGGCCCAGAGGGAGCCUGAGGCCUGGCCGAGACCAGAGGAGGGAAGAGGUUCAGCAUUCUCCCUCCUUCCCCCUCCAUCAAGUGCCUUGCAACCAACAAGAGUAAAUUCUCUGGUUCCUCAGGGAGCUGACAUCUGGAGGGUGAUUCCCCAAAUGUUUGUUUCUGUCUCAAGGUCACAGCUCUAACCCAGGCUGAGAGGCUGCAGUCAGGAACCAGCUUCCCUCACACCAUCUGGUGAUCCUGUCACCCAACAGGCUAAACCCGGCCCUGCUUCCUUCUCCACGCUGAAAGAUGAAGGCGGGAAGGUUGCAGGAAGCCAGGUCCCCCCAGUUCUCUCUUGCCUGUACCAGACACCGCAGAAGCCCCAAAGAUCUGAUUCAUGUCAUGCAGUCUGCAUCAACAAUAUUUAUUGAAAGCCUGCUGCAUACAGGCACAACUCGAGGUUUUUGAGGAAUACAGAAACCCCUGCCCACAAGGAGCUUUCAUUCUGAUGGGGAAAACCUAAUAAACAAGGAAACAGUA